AAUACAGAGCACUAUAGCAUGUAGUUAUCAUCGGGGGUAUAGCUCAGUGGUAGAGCAUUUGACUGCAGAUCAAGAGGUCCCCGGUUCAAAUCCGGGUGCCCCCUCUUUUUCUUACUUCGCCAGUUUUUCUUUUUAGUUUUGCGUACCAGGUGGAAGGGAAUCUCAAGCAACAGUCAGGACGCUUGUAGUUUAAAGCACAAGCCUCAACCGACCCAUAUUGACAACGAUAACUCAGGCUUCACAAAUAGAGGUUCAGACAUGAUGCUACAUGAGGACAGCGGUUUCCACGCUGGGGGUCAACAGCCCGCAAGGAGUCGCAGGAUGAAUAAAAUGAGUUGUAAGCUCGUAUAUGGGCCUGGAUGCUCAACAUGCCUCACAGCCCUCCUAAAGAGGCAGCAAAAGCACUUCGAGAAAGCGCCCCCAUCGCCAAAGCAAGCACGGCUGUCUGCGACCACGACAGGGCCUGUGGGCGAGGUUUCUCCUGUGAUCGACACUUUGGUCUUUGUGUUGCUCUCCGAGGGGAGGGUCAGUACUGUCGAAGGGACGCCCAGUGUGUCCGCGGACUCAGCUGCAUGUUUGGGAAGUGCCAUCGCAGCAUCCCCAACGGACAAGAGGGUGCCAGAUGUAAAGUUGACAGGGACUGCGGGGCAUCCAUGUGCUGCGCUCGACACCACGGCGAACAGGUGUGCAAGAGACGUCUGAUCCGUGGCGAGAGCUGCUAUGUUCCCGAUGGAGGCCUGGCAUUCAGCAUAAACCAGAUCUGUCCCUGUGAUGAGGGGCUGCUUUGUCGUGAAAGCAGUGCGUCACACCAGAGAGAGAGAGAUUUUAUUUACCAGCCAGAACAAACAAGUUGGACCUGCCAAGUCCCCAAACUUUGACAUCAGCCUGAAAAAUCAAAGCUAUUUAUUUUGUAAAUGUGUUUCAUAUGAUUGUAUAUAAAAAGUAUUUCCAAAUAUGUUGUAUUAGUACAUGUUUUUAGUAAAGUCUUGUGGCAAGGAUGUUUUUUUUUAUUAUUAUUAUUUUGUUGUGUAAAUUUUGACUAAAGCACUACACUGUGUGGCUGGGAUGCCUUUACGUCUCAUACAGUGUCUUCCUCAAUGCAUUUAGCAAUCUUUAUUAUGGCUAUAAAUGUCUAUCACCCUUCAAUUAAGAGAAUAAAAAGAAAUCUUUU